CUCGAAACCGGGUAGGCGUGCAACCCCAACACACAUGCAGAUACUUUGUAUGUUAUGGACAGUCAUGUCGUGCAUCAGGCGGGGAUAUCGCUGACGGUGGCGUCGCUGGAGCGCAAAUGACGGGGAUGCUGAGAACCGAACGUCGGCUUCUCCAGCUUCAGGGAUAAGCCUGAUAAUCAAUGGCAUUUACAACAUUUCCAUGAAGGUUUAAAGCGCAUGUGGAGUCGGAGGGCUCGGGCAAUCGCUUCCAUGCGAGAACGCGCCGAGCGGGUCGCCGCAGAAUCCCACACGUUCCACAUAUAAGCCGGUUGUCCGCCGCCUAUAAUGCUCGAGUGAACUCAUCCUUUUUAUGUUCCUGACGGCCGAGCAGGCCCCACCACCGAAGUGACUGUGCACUGCUGGCAGUCUCAAGCAGGCGCUCCGUGGUGCCCGCCUCUGUAUCCGCCGUGUUCGCAAAAUACCAGUCCCCUUUUGCACAGUAGCGCCACCAUGCGCGCGCGUGUUACGCUGGCCAUCGUGCUAGUGCUUUUGCUGGCUUCUGCGUCCCUGCACGGCGCGGACGCAAAGAAGAAGAGGCGGGCGCCAAAGCCGAAGCCGGUUAAGAAGCCCAGCCCCAAGCCCAGCCCCAAGCCCUCCCCCGCACCCAGCACCGACACGCCCGGCUCCAUCGCCAACCUCAACAUCAUCGGCAAACUCAAUGGGGCCGUGCUGGAGAACCUGCAGGGCAACUUCAGGGUCCCCCUGUCCGACAUGUACAACUGGCUCAUCAUCGGAAACACACAGGCUCUGGCCAAGACGCAGGCGCUGCAGCUGAAGCAAGACCUGGGCAGCGCCAUCCUGGUCAACAAGAUGUUUGACCAGUUCGCCACGGCGUACGGCAAGCAGUACACGCCCACGCAGGCGCUGGUGGCCCGCAAGGCCUUCGAGACCAACCUGCAAACCAUCGCCAGCAUCAACCUGGACGCCGCCAGCACCUUCACGGCCAGCUGCAACGCCUACUGCGACACGGACUUCGACACCUUCCAGCGCCAACAGCUCAUGGACGUGGGCUCGCUGGGGGACAUGCCCACGGGCGCGGACGACCUCCCCGGCUCUGACGGCGUGGGACCCGGUGACGCGGGUCCGGGGGGUGACGCCACCGGCGGGCCCGGGCGGCGGCUGCAGCAGUCGUGGCCGCCCGCGGUGGUGGACUGGCGCGCGGCGGGCAAAGUGACGCCCAUCCGCAACCAGGGCGGCUGCGGCAGCUGCUGGGCCUUCGCCGCCACUGCCGCGCUGGAGUCCAACUACCUCAUCCGCUACGGCUCCGGCCCCGCCUGCGACAGCCUGGACCUGUCGGAGCAGCAGCUGGUGUCGUGCGCCAACAAGGACGAGGGGUACGGCGGAAGCAAGGGCUGCUCGGGCGGCUGGAGCACGGACGCGCUGGACUACGUGUACAAGCGCAAGCAGAUGACCGAGCGCUGGUGGCCCUACACCCAGUCCACGGGCACCUGCAACCGCGGCAUGCCGGGCCCGGGCGAGCGCAUCGCCACCGGCCGCUCCUUCUACCUGAGCACCGCGGCCAGCGAGGACAGGCUCAAGCGGUGGGUGGCCAUCGGUCCCACCGUCAUCUACUUUUGUGUGGAGGACUCAUUCCGCUGGUACACGGGCGGCUACUACAGCAGCAACACCUGCGGCACCUGCCACAACCACGCCAUGGUCGCGGUGGGGUACACUGCCACCGGCGCCAACCCGCACUGGCUGAUCCGCAACUCCUGGGGCACUGGGUGGGGCGGCUGGGAGUUUGGCUACAUCCGCGUGCGCAUGCAGGGCAGCACCGCAGGCCCGUGUGGGCUGCACCAGACAGCCAUCGCCCCCACCUUCCAGUUCACGGAGACGCUGUCCUCGCGCUGCCCGCCGCCGCCGCCCAAGCCGCCGGCGCCGUGCCGCGGCAUUUUCUGCAACAUCGACAUCUUCCGGCCCGGCAUCAACAUUGUCGACCUUCUCCCGUCGCCCUCGCCGCCGCCGCCCUGCACGAGCAUUCUGUGCAAGGGCCUGGUCACCGGCGUUGACAUCACCAAGAUAUUGACGCCCACGCCCGCGCCCGUUGUCAACAUAAACGACAAGAUUAAUCAGGUCAUCAACGGCGGCGGCCUUGGGGGCUUGGGCCGCCACCGCCGUUUGGGUGCCGCCGACACGGCCGCUACUGCUGCUACUGCUAAGGAUGCCACAGCUACUGCUACUGCCGAGCAGCAGGAGGAGGAGGAGCAGGUCCUGGAGUUGGUGGAGGAGGAGGAAGAGGAGGAGGAGGAGGUGGAGGGGGAUGAGAACAUUGAGAUGGAGGGGCAGGAUGAGGUGCACCAUCAGGCGGUGUGAGCAGCCACCCUAGCAACGCCACCAACACAUGCGCACGCGUGCACAUGUGCAUGCGCACGCGCCACUGCAGAGGGCAUUCACACGUGUACAUAUGCAAAAUGGUUUGUACGUACGGAUCCACGCACGCACGCACGCACGCACGCACGGAGAAGAUACGCGCACGUACGGCAGAGGUAGGGAGGUACCGGCGCAGCUGACACCAUGUCUCAUGGCGAGCCGAUACGGUGGUACGCGCGCAGAGCUUGUGCACCAAAAUACACUUGACAAAUGGCACAGCUGAUGUGAUUGUUGAACCUGGUUUUCAUUUUUGGUGGUUUACGUGGUACGGCACUUGAGAUGGGCGCGGAUGGACGCGGUAUACUGGGCCAACCGCUUAUUUUGGGAACUGGCUGGUGUGUGAGCAAGAUGGGUCCUGCUGGGGUCAGUGGCGUGGCAAUUUGUCGUGUGAAGCCCUGAUGAUGGAAAAUAAUGAUCAAGCAACACCCCGACCUCAUAAUACAUAAUGCCGCGGGGGGCAGGUUGCAGCGGGUUUACUUCCUCUUUGCUUUCAAUCGCCUUCUACGUCUUCCCUCCUUCCGCCUGCCUUCCCUUUCUAUCUCUUUCUCACUUUGAUUACUUGGGCCGUCGAUGUUGAAGCAUGGAAUUGUGGCUAGCUGGCGUGACAGCCGCGUGCAGGUGGCUGCGUGAGCGAGGUGUGCGCGCUAGUUCCAACAUAAAUUGCCACGACGUAUAAACCGCCAUGGAAAUUGUCGGCGGCGUGCACAAAACCAGUAGGAAGUGGGACCUUUUGUGACUCUGUGUAUGGGUGCGUGCUCCGUAAGUGGGGGGAGGUGAGGGUGCGGGCGCUACGCCGUUGAUCCUCCACCCAAGCCCCAGAGUGUUGAGUCGCGCGUGCAGAACUUGCGAAGCCUGCUGGAUUGUUUUCCUGGAUAAAUGGAACAGCUGAUAAAUAUUUGCGGCUUUGUUUGGUGAAAUGGUUUUGCGAAUGGGCUCGGAGCUUUCUGUACUGUUAAAUGCGAACCCUUCAUCUGCGCUGGCCGCGCACGCAAUAACACCGCGCUCACGCUAGGCUGCUUCGUCUGGUGUGGCGCCGGCAAGAGCACCGUGAGCAUCCCAUUGUGAUCAUAAGUGUGCGGCACAACGGGCUGGGAGCCCCAGGUAUAUACGGUAUUGGUGUGGCGCCAUGCAUGGGAUAGGAUCGUGCCGGACUUCCUGUUUGGAUGCAUGUAUGCAUGCGGGUGUGCAGCGCUGCGCUGCUGGUUUCAGAUGUGGCGGCACCUGCGUCUGCCGCCACGAGGGCGGACCCGGGUUGAGUGGGCCUCGGCAGCAUACGAUGGUCCGUGUGUGCUCGCACACUCAGGCCGACCCCCCUCUUGCAUUGCCGCAAACAUUCGUCAUGUGGAUUUGGGGGCCUCCAUGGUUUCUAUCGCCGUCUCCCCAGAGGCGGGGACGGACACGUGUGUACAUACGGAUUGCGAUGGAAGGGUGUGGACAUCACGUGUGCAUGUGCAUGUAAACUACUUCCACG